GCAUCCCCGACCUUUUCUUCCUCCAGUUCCAUUACCGUCUCAGAUCGUCACUGCUGCAGAGCCUUCCCACACGGCAGAGCCUUAGUCUAGCUCGCCACGCUGGCGUCCGCUGCUUCUCUCGCUUCUUUUGCCACUCGAGGUUUGUUCUCCGCUACAGCGCGCAACCGUCGUGCGUCGUCAAUCUCCAGGAGCCGUCUGUGGGGCGAUUCUAGGGUAUCCUUCUUCCGCCACCGGUUUCAUUCUCCCCGCCUCGUCAUGGCGUCCGCCCAGCAGUACAGCGCGGAGGAGAUCCACAAGAUGUCGGAGCAGGACAAGCAGGACCUGGAGCGCCGUGUGCAGGAAGGAGAGACCGUGGUGAAGGGCGGAACUGGAGGCAAGUCGCUGGAGGCACAGCUGCACCUGGCGGAAGGACGCCACAAGGGCGGCGAGAGGGGCGGGCAGGCGCGCGCGGAGCAGAUAGGCAGCGAGGGGUACCAGGAGGUGGGGCGCAAGGGCGGGCUCUCCACCGUGGAGCAGUCCGGCGGGGAAGCUGCUGCUGAGAAGGGCCAGGGGACACUCGAGGGGGGCCAUACCACACGUGCGCAUGCGGAAUCUGCUGCCGCCAAGCACCAGUAUGCGUACGAGGAAGUUCACAAAAUGUCUGCGGACCAGCGCAAGGAGCUGGAGAAGCGUGCAGAGGCAGGAGAGACUGUGGUGAAAGGGGGCACAGGGGGCAAGUCCCUGGAUGCACAGCUGCACCUGGCGGAAGGUCGCCACCGUGGCGGGGAGAGUCGCAGGCACAGGUAGAUAAUGCCUGUCUGGUGUGUGCCUGAACUGAUGCUCUAGGACGUGAACUGCAGUUGCAGCAGUUCAGUUGUUGGCCUGUCACCUGGAAUUGUGUUUCCAGCCACUGCUGAAAAUAACUCAUGGGUGGGAGCUGGUAGCUGGCCUUGCGUGAAACAAAAGGGCAGAGAAGGAAGGCUCCAAGCAUUGUCUGGAUGGUUGGUGUAGCUGCUAGAUGUGGGGUUUAGAACUGCUUGUGAUGAGGCUGUUGCAAAUAAUUUUAGUGCAGAAAA